GUCACAUACACGUGGGCACUUCCAGGACCAUGUUCUCCACUCUGUCCCGAGUUCUCUUCUCCGCCACACGAGUAGCGACAGUACGGCCCCAACAGCUGCUGAGCUCCUUGUGCGCCGCACGUUCCUUCUCACGCUCAUUAUGUUUGGUCGGUGGGAACCCUGGGCUCAGGCAGAACUUUCUACAUCCUCAACGCGGUUUCCCAGCCGUAUCUUGUGGUUGCGGGGGGCUGCACACUGAGGGUGACAAGGCUCUUGCUGAAUUUCUGAAGGAUGAAAUCAAAGAAGAGAAAAAUUCAAAAACAUAAGAACCUUCCUAAAAUGUCUGGUGGAUGGGAACUUGAGGUUAAUGGCACAGAGGCUAAACUGGUCAGAAAAAUUUCUGGUGAAACGAUUACAGUCACUUUCAACACAAAUAAUAGCAUUCCACCAAGUUUUAAUGAGGAGCCACAAGAAGGUCAGAAGGCAGAGGAGAAUGAGCCUGAGCAUGUGUCUACUCCCAAUUUUGUGGUAGAAGUUCUAAAAAUGGAUACCAACCAGACCCUGGUUCUUGACUGUCACUAUCCAGAAGAUGAGGUUGGACAUGGGGAAGAAGAGGAAGAAAGUGACAUUUUCACUAUCCGGGAGGUUAGCUUUCAACCCACAGGAGACACAGAAUGGAAGGAGAACAGCUAUACUCUUAACACUGAUUCACUUGACUGGGCCCUUUAUGACCACUUGAUGGAUUUUUUGGCUGACCGUGGAGUGGAUAAUACUUUUGCUGAUGAGCUAGUGGAACUCAGCACUGCUUUGGAACACCAUGAAUACAUCAAGUUUCUAGAAAAUCUUAAAGACUUUGUCAAAUGCUAAGACAUUUUUCAAUCACUUUCUUUUCAGAGGCUGUAUCCUGAGUAGGCUCUUGUUGCAUGUCAUCUAGUUUAGCUGACAUAUGGGGUGUUAAAUCAGACAGAUUUAAAAUUGUGCAAAGGCAAGAGUUUUUCUUUUUUUUUACAUUCUGUGCAGUCACUGAUCUACAAAAGGUCAGUUUGUAGAAAACCAAUAUCCUCCAUAACACAUAUGGUAUCUGGUUUAUUUAUAUAACAAUACUUGUGUAAACUCAUAUGUAAACUUUUUUUUUUUUUUUUGCUAAUAUAAGGCUUUAUCUGUUAUUUUUUUAAUAAAUAUCUUUCAGAAAUCA